AUGCCAAAGCAGCACACGUUCAAGGUGGUCUUGCUAGGCGAGUCUGCGGUUGGAAAGUCCAGUCUUGUCACACGUUUCGUGCGCGACCAGUUCGACCCGUACAAGGAGAGCACAAUUGGCGCAGCGUUCCUGAUGAAAGUAGUGCCUAUCGACAACGAGAACUCGGCCAACCUACACAUCUGGGACACAGCAGGCCAGGAGCGGUACAAGAGCCUUGCGCCUAUGUACUACCGCAACGCCGCCGCUGCCAUAGUGGUCUACGACAUCACCCAGGCGGCGUCGUUUGAGCGCGCCAAGUCGUGGGUCAAGGAGCUGCAGAGGCAGGCAGAGCCGGGCAUUGUUAUUGCGCUGGCUGGCAACAAGACCGAUCUGUCGGACCGCAGAACCGUCGAGUACGCCCAGAGCUUCGGCCUGCUGUUCUUUGAGACGUCGGCAAAGACUGGCGACCAGAUUUCAGGGCUGUUCACAGAGCUGGCAAAGAAGAUCCCCAUUGCGGCGGAGCCAGCCCAGCUGCAGGGGCAGAGCGGUGUUAAUCUGGCGCAGGGCGGGAAUGCCGCUGGCGGUGCUGGCGACUGCGCUUGCUGA